AUGGCGUCGCUAUUCGAGCCCUCCAUAUCCGCUCUCACAACUCUCAAAUCAACACCUAAAACUAUCCUCAUCACAGGCGGCUCCUCAGGAAUCGGCCUUGCGACUGCCACUCUCAUCUCUACCAUCAACCCCCAACACAGCCUCAUUCUCCUAGACCUACAGCCGCCCCCUGCAUCAUUCAAGCACUCUCCCGCGCGCCUCCUCUUCCACAAGUGUGACAUUACGUCUUGGACUUCGCAGCGCGCAGGCUUCGCAGCCGGAUAUGCCAAGUUCGGACGUAUAGAUGCCGUCUUUGUCAAUGCAGGCAUCACAGAGCACGGUGACCAAUUCUUCACCGACACGCUCGACGCGUCAGGUGAACUCGCCGAGCCCGAUCGCCGUGUUCUCAAAGUCGACAUGGACGCUGCAUCAGACACGACAAAACUCGCUAUACAUUAUCUACGCAAGAACGGCAACGACGGUGGUGCUAUAGUCCUAACAACUAGUUUCGCUGGGUACCUUGCCUCGGCCGGUGCACCGCUAUACUCGGCCGCCAAACACGGCAUCGUAGGCCUGAUGCGCGCACUUAAGCAGGAAUGCGCAAAAGUCUCUAUUUCCAUUUCCGUGGUCGCGCCCGCCAUUACUGUCACCCCGAUCCUUUUAGCUAAUAACCCGUUCAUCGGUGCCACCUCGCCGGAUACAUAUGCGGCGGAUAUGGAAAAAGCGGGUGUCCCGAUUAACAAGCCCGAGUCAAUUGCGCUAGCCGUGUGCUGGUUGCUGAAUGAGGGACAAAAGGCAAACGGCGCGGGUAUCUUUGUGCAAGCAAACAAGUUCUGGGACUUGGAGAGGGGUCUGGCUAAGAGCAGAGAGGCGUGGAUGGGCAAGGAAAUGUUGGCAUUGUUCAGGGGAGGCAGAAGUGCGCCAAUGUUUGCGAGGUUGGAGGCAGAGGGUGGACAGACAAAGUCAAAGAUUUGAUGAAUGUUUUAUUUACAGUAUUUCGAUGCGGAAGCAGACUACACAAUAUAGAGUAUAGAAU